AUGGGAGCUUCGGAGUCAAAGCUGGUCUUCAAGCAGGGAAUCUUCCGUCUCUCAGAAGAGAAGGACAUUCCUGCGGACGAUCCGUACUGGGCCAGAUUCUGGGAGCUCCCAGAGUCAACUGAAGAUGUCUUCAGUUUAUUCACCCCCGCCGACAUACGACGGACUCGCGACAACGCGCUAUCCAACUUCGAAACGCUAUUGCUCUCUGUAACAUCGCGUCUCAGUAUAUUAAAGAACCAUCCCUCGUUUCCAGACCCUGAGCUUGCUCCCGACCGUGACGCCCUUAACUGUAUUCGCAUCUUGACCCGUAUCCUCCCUUUCGUUUACGAAGCCGAGCACCUGGAAGACUGGGAAGAGAAAUUCUUUUGGGGUCGCCGGAAGAAGAAGACACGACAAGCACAAGUGGCAGCCGAGAUACUCUUUGAUGAGGCACAAACUGAAGAACCACGAGCGUCGCCAGAGCCCAAUGAUUAUGAAGAGGUGAAGCCUUUAGCCGAGGAAUUAAUUGAUACACUUGUGGAUCUUCUCUUCUACAUAGACUUCACCAUCCCAAAGCUCCCGACGGCCAAAAGCAAAGUGUCCUACUCAAUAUGGCAGAGCGGUGUUGGUUGCAAUACAUCUAUGGGCUCGAACAAAGAGCUGGAAAACAACCGCUGUGAGAUCAUUCGGCUAUUACUUACCUUAACGGGAAAGGCAAUGUACAUGCCUUCAGGUUUGUUACCAGUACAGGGUGUCAAAGCCAUUACGUACAUUGCAACAUGUCCCGAUAAGCAGGCCGUUUUAACACUGCUUUGUUCAUUACUGAACACAGCCAUUAAAUAUAAUCCCGCUUCCUGGAGGGUGCCCUAUGAUCAUGUUGUCUGGAAAGAUCCUAAGCAAAUACUAGUUAUAUAUUGCUUGCAGUUUCUUUUGGUACUUCUCUUAUACCCAAUCCCAGAAGAUGGGCGCGGAGCUUCGCCAAAGAAUUACUACCGCCAUUACUUCGGAAGGCUACAUAGGCCGCAGGACUUUCAAUUUCUGGUUGAUGGCAUGACCAGAAUCUUAAAUCAACCAAUGCAGGCGACAAAUUCCUACCUUCCUGGUAGCCAAAAGACAGUCAAGUGGGCACCCGAGAUGAUGAUGCUCUUCUGGGAAGCUUUACAAUGCAAUAGGCGAUUCAGAUCAUUCAUCAUCGACUCCAACCGCUCGCACGACUUCGUCAUUCUUUGUAUCUUCUAUGCUAUUGUAUACAAAUCCGACCCUUCACAGCAAGGUGUGGUCAGGAUGUGUAUUUUCAUUACACAGACCAUGAGCGUCGAGCCCAAUUUCGGGAAGAGUCUGAACAAGAAAUUCGAAGCUCAAGAGACGCUUCCACAAAGCAUUCGUAUUCCUGGUUUCAAGGGAUCAUAUGCCGAUUACUUGAUCAUGUCCGUUCAUACUCUAAUCACCGGAAGCAAAGGACAAUUAACCGCUGUCUACCCCGCGCUUCUAGCAAUCAUCAAUAACAUAGCUGCAUACGUCGAAAAUCUGUCCCCAGCUGCAUGCUCCAAACUUUUGCAACUCUUCUCGUCAAUGUCUGCCCCCAGCUUCCUCCUGGCUAACGAGACGAAUCAUACCCUUCUUUCCUCAGUACUUGAGUCGAUCAACGCGCUUCUCGAACAUCAAUUUACCAAAAACCCGUUCCUGGUGUACGCUAUUCUUAAGCACAGGAGACGUUUUGAGGCAGUUCGAGAAUUUACGCUUGAGAGUGGACAGCAGGAGAUAGAACGCCAAAAUGAGAGACGAAAAUCGGAAGGCGGGUCUUACGAUUUUGUUUCCAGCCCGGUUCUGUCGGCGUCUGAAGAUGAUCCUCACACAGCUUCUGGCGCGCGGUCACCGUUGGGUCGCAUUCCCGAAGAACACAGUCCGUUCGCAAUUGGUGGGGACGAUUCAGAUGACGAGCGAGAAGAGCAAAAGACUCCAGCGCAAUCGUCGCCGUCUGUUCAGAGUUCUCGCAGACCUUCAAUUUCAUCUGCUGUCGAUGAAAGUGUACCACUACAGCUACGGGGAAUGUCCGAAAAAGCACGGGGUAAAAUGCCUGCUGGACAGCCAUCCUUUUCUAGGCAAAAUAGUAUGACCAGUCAGAGUAGUAUGUCAGCAGCCUUCCCAACGGCUCCCAAUGGUUUCACGCCAACUGUAGCCUGGCUUGAGUCCUGGCUCCCAGAUCUACCACUCCAUACUAUUCUUACUGUCAUUUCAGCGAUUAUGCCCCACAUCCCUGAGUCCGCUUUACAGAGCACUUCUAGCCCGGAAGCCCGGACUCUAAUCACGAAUCUUCCCUCAUUCGCGGAAGAACCAAUGAUCCAAAGUAUCAUUUCAGAGCCCCCUCCCACCCGUGUACAUUCCUUUGAAUGGUCAGCCCUCUCCAUGGGCUGGUAUGAAUCCUUACUGUGGGGAUUCAUCUUCUCGAGUGAGAUGGUCGUUGGCUCCGCUUCGGGCGCCACGCCAGGUACCGUUGGAGUGUGGAAUGGAACCAGUAUCAAACUGUUCAAGGUCCAAGAGGCUGCAGCGCAAGGACCCACGUUACUUGCUCCAAAGGGUGCAGUGGACGCCGUCGGUAGUAACUUGGUUCAACGAAUUGGGAACCUGAGCCUCCGGAGGGCCAGCGCGCAGGAUUCUCAGAACAGUUCCAGGGCUCCAUCUGUUCGGGAGGUCUAA